UUUUUUUUUCAUGGCAUUGCCAAAAUUCCGCUUUCCGAGAAGGGUUUAUUGUAAGGUUUUUCCAAAAGUUUAUAGGUUUUUUUUGGGCCUCUUUCCUUUUUUUUUUCUUUUUCUUUCUUAAAUAAUCCCUUCUUUUGCUUCUUCUUUUCUUCGCUUCCAUUACUUUUCAUUUUCAACCUACUACUUACUGUUACUAUCAACUAGACCAUAUUAUUAGUUCCUCCUCAUGAAAAACGCAUCCAGGAUCAAACUCAUUACUUUUGAUGCUUACAAUACUCUCUUCAGACCAAAAGGUAGUCUCUCUGCUCAAUAUGCACACGAAGCUUCAAAAGUGGGAAUCCAAGUUUCACCAGAAUCAAUUACACAACACUUUGGUAAAGCCUAUAGAAAACAAUUACAAAAGUCACCCUUUUAUGGAAUUGGUCAAGGAAUGACAACUGAACAAUGGUGGAAGGAGCUAGUGUAUGCGACAUUCUUAGAAGCUGGAGUACGGCAAAAAGAUAUGGACAGGCAUUUUCCAAAAUUAUUCAAAUCAUUAUAUACAAGGUUUAGAACGAAAGAAGGAUACAGUAUAUUCCCAGAUGUCAUUGGUACCUUGCAAGAAUUACAAAAUCGUGGGAUUAGAAUGGGUGUAAUCAGCAAUUCAGAUGAACGAUUACUGAGUGUCAUGGAAAGUUUACAAUUAGAAAAGUACUUUGACUUCAUCUUGCCAAGUUGUUUAGCUGGUCAUGAAAAACCAAGACCUGAAAUCUUCCAAAAAGCUCUUCAUCUGACCGAUCAAGAUAUACAUGUAGAUGAAGCUCUUCAUGUUGGUGAUGAUUUAGAAAAGGACUACUUUGGUGCUGUCAGUGCUGGUUGGCAUGGUGUACUAUUGAAACGAAGCAAACUUUCCUAUGAAGAUUGUAGCCCAUCUAUAUUAGCCCCUAUGACCAAUCGUCGAUCACCAAGAAAUAUCAUGUCAUUAAACGAUCUCUACCCACUCGCCUGUUACAUUCGACCUUUGGAUGAACCGGAACAAGUGAAUGAACCUCUCCAGGCUUCAGAUCAUCAAUAAUAAUGAACAGUAAUUUAUAUUUUUAGUUAGUGUGUUUUGUAAUAUAGUGGUUUUUUCCUUGAUAAUAAAACUUUAUUUUUUCUUUUCUGCGCUGUAA